AUGUUCCAAAGCGCAGUGAUCCGAGACGAGUUCGAGUUCACAGGCCACAACUCGGCUCUGGGCGCAGUGUGCUACAACCGGCAUCAGGACACGUUCGUGUCGGUGGACGAAUCAUGCAUGCGGCUUUGGCGAGCCCCCGGGGGCCAGCUACGCCAAGUGAAUCUGCCGGUUCGGACGUCGCGCUUCAUCCAGGCCAUCGCCUACAUCGACGCUCGCCAGCUCUUCGCGGCCUCCGCCCUUGACGGGGCACUUCGGCUGUACGACCCGAACCUGAACGAGCUCGCGGCGCUGUUCACGGGGAGAGGCACAGUCCUCAGCAUGGUCUUCGACGGCCAGCACAACCGACUGCUCACCGGCGGCGUUGACGGCUGCGCAGCGUGGCAGAUCAAGCCGAAGCCCUCGGGCAUGCCGGAAGGAGCGCUCAACGCCCACUACGAGUUCACUUCGCUGCCCAAGUUCUUUCACGGCGCUGUCGUCUCCAGCUCCAGACAGAAUAAGCCGCAAAAGUCUUCAAGGACUUCAGUCGAGCGCGCGGGCUGGGUCGAGAGCAUGCAGCUAGGUCCGGAGAGCACGCGGCUGUACGCGCAGACCCGGCAGUGGAUCGACGUCUUCAGUACGGCGGACGGGGCGCAUCUUGAGCGCUGGGAUGACCUGUUCCCCGGAGAACACGGCACCAUGACCGCCUUCGUGGUUCAAGAGCGCGCCAAGUACCUCGUGUGCGGCACCAGCAGCGGUGUCAUCGUCGUGCUCUCUCACCACCCGAUCUCGAUCGUCCACACUUUCAAGGACCACACCCAGGCAAUCACAAGUCUCACCGAGCACGCGACGUCACGCCUGGUGAUCUCGAGCUCGCUUGACGGGUCUGUACGGCUGUGGGAUCUUGAGGCGCGUCGUCAAGCUCACCGUCUCAACGUCGGCCACGGAGUGCACGCGUUGCAGUUGCUCCCUCCACCAAGCUUACCCCAAGCGGUGGGCUCAGCACCCCGCACGACGGACGUCGAGCUGGCUGGUCGAUUCUGCUGUCAGCUGCGCAACACCAUCAAGAUCUACGACAUCCAGUCCAUUCUGAAGGAGCACCAGCCUUGCCAUGUACCCGUGAGCAUCUUGCAGCGCGUAGUCUUCCCCAUCAAGAGCGCACAAAGUCCACGAACUGCGAAGAAAUCCCUGACAGCGAGUCCAAGUGGAGAGCGGGUCGGAGACGAGUCGAAUGAAGACAAUGACGACGAAAGCUCCGGCUCCGAAGACGAGAAAGAGGAGAGCGAAGACGCGCGUUCACCCGUUGCAGCGAAGACGCAGCAGCUCGUAGUGGUGGUUUGCAUGGACAAAACACUGCGCGUGUUCGCAGGCCGCAUGGCGAGCGAAGCUCCGAGUUUCUCCUGGAUCCCGGACGAGCAAGCGCUGGACCUCGUGGCGUUCGCUCUUCACCCGGUAUCUCAGCACUUGUUCCUGCUACUCAGCAACCAGAAGUUGCUCAUCGUGAACGCAGCUCCGCGUCGGCGGAAGCGAAGUACGAUACAGGAGGGAGAGUCAGCAGAACCGGACACUGAAAUCGACACGCACGAAGCAGCCGAAGCAACAACGAGCAGCAUCGAGCGCGUGAUUGAUCUCAGCCCGACGUCGGCACUGCAAAAGGCAGCGGGUGCAGGUGAACUAGACGGAAACAAGUCCCGAAGUCUUCUCAAAGGGAACAACAACGCCAGCACUGACACAAUUUCUUCGGACGAGAACGUCGCGACCUCAGCAGCAAGUACACGGGGUGGCAGCAAUAGCAAAACAGCCCUGCGAUGUAUCUGCGUGUGCCCCUUUCCACCACUUUUCAACGCAGCGCCAUCGACAUGGCUCAAUCGUCCAACGCCACGACAACGGCGCCAGUCGCAGUUCGGUCCUGGUGGCGCCGCCGCUGCUGCUGCUCCUCCACCCCCGGUGCCUCCUCUUCGGAGACGCAACGCACUGGCUCAAUCCGAGUGGGAAUGGGUGGCGUGCGGCAACGAUCUGGGUCAGCUCCUCUUCUGGCACACAGGCCUGCGCGGGGGGCGUGAGGGGACGUUGACUAUCGAUGCACACGACGCUCCUAUCGUGGACAUCAGCGCAAGUGUGUCAUCCCCAUUAUUGGUAAGUCUGGAUGGUGCUGGUCGGGUUCAUCUGUGGAGCCUUCAACCGCAGUUUGCAUUGCGUCACGUGCUGGAGCUGGGCCAGUCGCCGACCGUCUUCGCUCUGUCGCCGCUGUCCGAGAUCAUUCUCAGUGGCUACGACGAUGGCCGCAUCACUUUGCACGCCGUGGGGUACCAGGCAGCCAGUGUCGAAGCCUUCACUGGAGUAGACGACCACCACAGCACAACCGUCAGUGCCGGUGACUUUCUUGACGAAAAAUAUCUGGUCCUGACCGCGAGUGUCGACGCCAUCGUCAAAGUCUGGGACCAGCAGCGAGUUCUCCUCCGCCAAGUGACGCUGGCGACUGCGGUCACGAGCCUCUGCUUUCUCAACGCGGAUGGUGACUUGCUCGCUGGGCUGUCGAAAGGAACGUUCUUAAUUUCAAGGCGCGACGUGCUGCCCGACAAGAUGCCAAAGCCUGCGCCACGGCACCGGAUUCGUGCGAACCCACACGACACGAAGACUGAAGUUCUGGAAAUGUUGUCUCAAGGCUCUCUAAGCGUACCAUCCUCGCUCAAAGCGGCAUCUUCAGGGCAGGACACUCCACCAGCUGAAGAUGCGGUAAGUGAAAGCUCGGCUUUGCCGCCUCAGCAGAAUCUCUGCGUGUCAUCGAGGCCUCCAGAUCCCGAGUCAUCGGCGAAGCAGCUCCUGGCUCACGUCAUCCAACGACCGAUCGAGGCUGCAAGUCACUUGCGCCCACCGGUGCUGCGUACCUACAGCUCGUCGGGGACGAUUCCUUCCAGUCGGGUUGGCAGCUUCAGCAGCAACAACAGCUCUGAACGCCAGGCCGUUGCCUGCGUACCAGAAGCUGAUGCGCACUUCCCAACGCGGGGCUUCGUACCGGAGGAAGAGAUCUCAGUUGCCUUCGUCCCCGUUGGUGCUCCAAACUCUCGGUCCAAGCCCCCGAAAUCCGCUCACUAA